AAAUGAAUUAUCCUGUCCAUGCAUCUGUUUAAAUUGUUUCGAAUUUUUGGAUAAAAUUUAAAAUAUCCUGUAAAUUAUAAAAUAUUUAUUUUAAUAACUGAGAAAUUUAGUUUCAGUUUCUUAAUAUAAUUGUGUAUAGUUAGGAUAUUGCACGUAGAGUCUUUUUACUGACGAAUAGGCGUUAAAGAUGUCAUAUCCAAAUAAAGAACAAAGAAAAGCUUGUUGGGAUUCGAGAGAUCGUUAUUGGGAAUGUCUAGAUAAAGAAAAUAUUAAAGAUAGCACAAUACGGCCUAAAGCUUGCCUUGAAUUUAGGAGGGCUUUCGAGAAAUCCUGCCCGACACAGUGGGUGUUGCAUUUCGACAGGAAAAGGGACUUUAAUGUUUAUAAAGAAAAAAUACAGAAAGAAGGCUAUGAGCCAAUUAAAGACACUCAAUAAUGUUUGUUACCUAAGUAGUAAUGCAUUGUAAAUAUUAGUAAAUUAAUAUUAAUGUUUAA